AUGGCAGAUGACAAUCGCACCAAGACUACCAUCAAGGAGUUCAUUCUCUUAGGAAUUACUGACAGUCCAGAUCUGCAGAUCCCUCUCUUUGUAAUAUUCCUUCUGAUCUAAGUUACUACUGUGAUGGGAAAUCUGGGGAUAAUAGUCUUAAUCAGAAUUGACACCCACCUCCAUUCUCCAAUGUACUUCUUCCUCACCAACUUAGCUUUUAUCGACUUUUGCUAUUCCUCUGUUAUUUCCCCUAAGAUGCUGGCAAACUUCUUAGCAGCUAGGAAAACAAUAUCAUAUACAGAAUGUGCAGCACAGCUGGGUUGCUUCCUCACUUGCCUAAUCGCAGAGUUUUUCCUCCUGGCAGUAAUGGCAUAUGACCGCUAUGUGGCCAUCUGUAACCCGCUGCUUUAUCAGAUCAUCAUGUCCCAGAGAGCAUGCAUCCAGUUGGUAGCGGGUCCUUACAUAUACAGCAUUUCUGUUGCUCUAUUUCACACAAUACUUACAUUCCGCUUGUCCUUCUGCUCUGCUAAUGUGAUCAAUCAUUUCUACUGUGAUGACCUCCCACUGUUAGCACUUUCCUGUUCUGACACCAGUACCAAACAGAUAAUGAUAUUUGCAUUUGCUGGUUUUAAUAUAGUAUGUUCCCUUCUCAUUGUCCUCAUUUCUUACAUUUUUAUCCUCUCUGCCAUCCUCAGAAUCCAUUCUGCUCAAGGUCGACAGAAAGCUUUUUCCACCUGUUCCUCUCAUCUGACAGCUGUUACCAUCUUCUAUGGAACUCUGGUCUUUAUGUAUUUGCAGCCUAGUACCAGUCAUUUUCUAGCAACAGAUAAAAUUGCUUCUGUUUUUUACACAUUGGUGAUUCCCAUGCUGAAUCCUUUGAUCUACAGUCUGAGAAAUAAGGAAGUUAAGGAUGCACUGAAGAGAACAGCUGAAAGAAUUGUGGUUGUUCUGUGA